CUUUUUUUUUCCCUCUGUCCUCAACCCGCUGCCAAGACUUUACUUACUCCACCGCGCUGGAACCGCGUGAACUCUCUGACCGCUUUUCUCUUUUUCUUCUGGUUUUUGGUAUGGAUUUGGUUGAGGUAUGUGUUUUGUUACUUGUGUUAUGUUUCUAGGAGACCGGAUAUCUGGUUCUCCGGUCAACUAAACAAUCGAAAUAGCUAUCGCUCCACUAGUCUGCAGGUCACUCUAUUAGGUAGGAGGGUAGUUAGUAGCUGCUACCUAUUCUGCAGUAGAACGGAUGAAGAUGGAUCAAAAAGAAAGCGGACUGAGCACAAGCCUGCUGAUUUAGGCUGA